GUGACUUCUACCAAAUAAGUUUGUCGUGUCGCUGUAUCUGAAUUUUUCUUACGAAUUCUAUGCAAAUAUUUUGAUAUGAGUAAUGCUUCUUGGACGAUAAAAACUGAUAACAUAGAAUGUUGAAUGAUACAAGUAAAUCUUUCGUUGAAUCUUCGCCUCUUAUUAGCGAUGUCCCAAAAGAUCUGACAACUUCAAGUCCAAUGGAACUGAGCAAACCCACUUCCUCAGACAGACACCCCACCUACGCAACAUCCGGGUCAUAUGUUGCCAGACCAAACCAAGUAUCCACCGUCCUUCUGCAUGGAGUACCCAUCGUCAGCCUGUACAUUGACGGCAGAGAACGACUAUGUCUUGCUCAGAUCUCAAAUACACUGCUGAAACAAUACAGUUACAACGAAAUUCAUAAUAGAAGGGUAGCCCUCGGGAUAACAUGCGUGCAGUGUACCCCGGUACAAUUAGAAAUCUUGCGACGCGCAGGAGCGAUGCCCAUUUCCUCCCGUCGUUGUGGAAUGAUAACAAUGAGAGAAGCUGAGAGAUUAGUCAAGUCGUUCCUAGAAGAGAACAUCCCCCCUAAGCUACCAGAUAACUUCUCUUUUCAUGUCAAACAUGAGUGUGGAUGGGGAUGUGAAGGUUACUUCGAACCGUCUCGUUACAAUAGCUCCAGAGCAAAAUGCAUUAAAUGCAAAAUCUGUAACAUGUACUUUUCCCCAAAUAAAUUUAUAUUCCAUUUUCAUCGCACACAAGAGGCAAAAUAUAGCCAUCCUGACGCCGCUAAUUUUAAUUCUUGGAGACGACAUUUGAAGCUCUACAGUACCUCGGACGAAGCCAUUGUCCAUGCGUGGGAAGAUGUAAAAGCCAUGUUUAAUGGCGGGAGUAGGAAAAGAAUUCUAUCUUCUGAAUCCAGUUCAUCCUAUAGCUCGCAUCGAAAUGACCAUCCAAAGAAACAGAAGCUUUCCUCUGUUGAUUUAGACGUCCCAAAAGAGGUUUUCCAGUCCUCGUACUCACCCUUCAGCUUGCUAUCUCAGCAGAGAAAACCAUUCCAAUUCUCACCAGUAAAUCAUUCCCAACCCAACCCGCCCACUACAUUUGCUCUACCAUUUGCAAAAGAAUGCAUGACCGAUGCAAGCAAAACUUCUCCCAUGCACCCUCCAUCCUGGCCAGCUCUUCACAGCAUGUUCCCUACGUAUAACCUCCUGUGGAAUAAUCCCUUUGUACAAAGUUUUCGCAAUGACUUCCGAGAAUCAAUGAUGGCUUUCAAAGGAAACAUGACCAAGAGAAAGGAAGACAAUUGCAAUGAUGAGGAGUCGUCGUCAUCGGCUGAUAAUAGUCCCUGUUACGAUGACUCUAAUGAAAGAUUCUCAGCUUUUCGAUUGGUUAAUCAGAAUACAAGAAAAGAUUCGAUGAACUCCUCAAAGACUUUCUCAAAUGAUUCCGAGGAUGAAAAUGAAGAAAUUAACAUAACAGAUAUAGUCAAUGGCGAGUCCAUGUCGGAGCAGAAGGAUCUUGUGAACAAAGUGGAUGACAAAGUUACUGAAGUUUUUGAGGAAAGGGACAUUUCAAACUCGCUUAGAGAAAAAGAAAUCAUGAAUAUAGAGGAGGAGAACGUCGUUAAAACCGAAACAGAAAAAAAACCAGUCGUUGAAGAACCAGCCAUCAGUACAUUCAGCUUGGAUACGAGUAUGUCCAAGAGCAAUAGAAAAUCGACACCACCCAUAUCUUCCCCAACAGAAAUGACUAAAGAAGAAAUUCAAAGAGAAGUUCAAGCUGAAAUGGAAAUUAGAAGACAAAUGGAGAAAGAAAUCCAAGCCCUAAAAGAGGCCUUGACGAAUGAACUCGAGCAAGAAAGACAAGUGAGAUUUUCCUUACAACAAAAGUUAAAAGAAGCUCAUGAUGCGCUACACAACUUCUCCUGUAAAAUGUUAGCAUCUCGGAAAUGUGACGAAUGUGAAAUCAAAGAUGGCGAGAAUGCGUGAGACUAUAAGAAGGACUCAUCAAUACUGAACCAUGAUGUCCGGAUCCGCCGGAAUGUUUUCUAUGAAAUCCUUGAUUACCUGUUAAUCACCAUGUUCAACAGGGUUAAUUGGUUGAUAUAUAUGUUGCAUGUAUCAAUAUAAUUUUUUUUCUUCUUCUUCAAUCAAUGGCAUUUGAUGAUCUGGCAAGUGUAAAAGUUAAACUGUGUAUGAAAAGGACCGCCCAGUGGGCCAAUAUGGAAAAUACUGUACGCUUCAGUAAAUGUAUCAAUUUAUAAUAUACAUAACCAUACAUAUUCCAACAUAUGUAGUUUUUAACUAAUUAAAACGGUCUUCUUCUUUUUUCUUUUAUGUAAAUUUGAUAAAUGAAAAGCAAUUUGAAAAUCCUGUAAUUCAUUUUCUUUGAGUUAAGCAUGUUUGGUAUAUAUAUUAUUUUCUUUUAAUUUGUUUUAUCAUUACAUUUAUCAAAGGGUUUGAAUUUAAUUUACUCUAGAUAAUUGAUGGAAUCAUAAAUUAAAAUAUGUUUCACAUUUUUAGACACAAAUUUUACAACUUAGAACUUUGAAUUUGGUAAUGGUUGGUGCAUGCAAUACGUAUGGUCUUAUGAUUCAGAAAUGGCUUAUCUUACAAUCCUUUGAAUGUUGUGUAUGUUAUAUUUCAUUGUUUCAUUAAAUAAAUUUUGUUCGA